CUGAGCUUGGAUGCAUCCAUCUCACAACCUUGAGAAGACUCACAAGAGGUUCUUGCAUCAACAGUGAUUGAACGGAACUUCUUUGUCUUGUGCGAUUCCAGACUUUAUUUCUGUACAUUUCUACUUGUACGAGAAGGAGAAGUUUAGUUAAAAUGUCUCAGAUUCGUCAUAACUACCAUCGCGACUCUGAAGCCGCUAUCAACAGGAUGAUAAACAUGGAACUUUAUGCCUCCUACACCUACUCUUCGAUGGCCUUCUACUUCUCUCGCGAUGACGUCGCCCUCGAGGGUUUCUCCCAUUUCUUCAAGGAGAACAGCCACGAGGAACGUGAGCACGCGGAGAAGUUCAUGUCCUUCCAGAACAAGAGGGGUGGUCGCAUUUUCCUCCAGGAUGUCAAGAAACCUGAGCGAGAUGAGUGGGGCACUGGACUGGAGGCUAUGCAGUGUGCUCUGCAGCUGGAGAAGAAUGUGAACCAGGCUCUGCUGGAUGUGCAUAAGAUCGCCACUGAGAACGGCGACUCUCAUCUGUGUGACUUCUUGGAGUCCCACUACCUGGAUGAGCAGGUGGAGAUGAUCAAGAAGCUGGGUGACCACAUCACCAACCUCAGCAAGAUGGACGCUGGCAACAACAGGAUGGCCAAGUACCUGUUUGACAAGCACACCCUGGGGAGCAAGAGCUAAAUCCAGCACCAGGCUCAACCAGGGCCCGCAGAAGCUCAUGUGUGUUCAGAUUUUGGUUAUGGAUAUAGGAAUACUCCUACAUAAA